AUGCCUUCGGAGGUUGGAGGUGCUGGGGGAGAUGAGGGUACGCGGAACGACGCGUCCAUAUCAACGCGUCGGAUGUUAUCUUUGAAAACGCUGGGUGCACCACCUCGUCGUCAACUUGCCCGCUAUGGAGUUAAGCCGUCAGAAAUAAUUAAGGUGAAGCAAGCACUGGCAAGGACUUAUGAAGAAUCACAAGUCACGAAGACAACAUCCAGCGAUGACAACGCGAAUAGGCACAACCUGGACGAAGAAGUCCGGCAUGGCUUGGAAACGAUGCGCAAGGAUAUUACUGAGCGCAAGGAAAGCAUUAGCCUUCAGCCACCCAACACUCUAUUCAAUCAUGAGCAACCGCACGAGGCCAACCCUGGCGCAAGCUGGGCAUCAAUAGUUGAUACUACCAAGGCGACUCCAAACCCUAAGAAUACAACACGGGCAAAACCUGAUCUACCUAUAAUUACUUUGGAUACCCAUCAUGUCGAUCAUCAGCUGAAGGAGUCUUUCCGGGAGUCUUUCCGAGAGCCGGUGGAGCUCCGAGGACUGAAGUCACAUAGUCAGAGAGAAUGUUAA